GUUGUUCAUCUGACAGUCAAGCACUAUGUUAUUAGGCACGGAAUGAUAAGACUUGUCAAUAAUGUCAUUUUGACGUGAUUUUGACCGAAGUCAUAACCCUACUUUCACUUGCUUUUACUUAUAGGCCGAAGCGGUAGGUUCAAUCUGGAAUCAUUUUUUGAAGUUAGCUUGUUAUUCUCGACUAUAAAUAUAUCGCAACAUCUGCAGGAGAGCGGUAGUGGAUUUAUUUGAAAAAUGAGUGCACCUAAGAGAACAAGUAACUUUAUCAGGGAAGAAGAAUCCCUUUUAAUUAGACUGUUGAAUAAAUAUAAAGAUGUUAUUGAAUGUCGUAAAACGGAUGCAGUAACAAACUCUUCAAAAGCAAAGACAUGGAAUAUGAUUGCAAAAGAGUUUAACAGUGGAGCGGUGACCUACAGGGAUAGUAAAACACUGAAGAAUAAAUAUGACAAUAUCAAAAAAAGGUCAAAGAAGAAGUUCUCACAGGAGAACUGUUCCCUGUUUGCUACAGGAGGAGGUGCCUCAAAAACAGUUCAUUUCACCGAUAUUGAUGAACAAGUCAAAGACAUUUUAGGUGUCUGAAUAGAAGGACACCCUUCAGCGUAUGAUGACAUGAGUAAGGAAGCUGGAUUGUGUUGAGUGAAUAUAUUUUUAAGUUAAUUUUAUUUUUAGUUGUCUGUGACAUACCUGAGAAUGCUACAUGCAGGGACUUAAUUAUUGAGGAAUGUAAGUUUCGAAUGUAUGUUAAAUAAUGUACUUUUAUUAAUUUAAGGUCUUUCAGAUGAAAUCACUUCAGAGGAGACACAGGAAGUUCAAAACAGUGGCCAGUAGUCAUCAGGCGGAGGAGGGGAGCAAGUUAAAUAUAUCCCCUUUGUGCACACUAAAAUCAAGUGCUCUGAGAACUCCAGAAGAUAAAGAAAAUCAAAUAGCGCAUCGUUUAGAAGGUCCAGAAUCCAGUAGACAUCAAACGAGGGACUGGAGCAAAUUAAGUACAUCCCUUUUGCGCACACCAAAAUCAAGUGCUCUGAGAACUGCAGAAGUGAAGACCGACUGCUCAAAAAAAGGGGUGCUUUUUGCACAAAAAUGGAAAAAUGGGUCGAAUCCAAAAUAUCAUUGGAAGAUUCUAAAGAAAAAUGCCUUUUGGAUGAAUUUGAAAUGAAAAAACAGCUAUUGAUGAAAGAAAACAAAAAGAAACUGGAAAUAAUGCAACUAGAGUAUGCAGAGAGAAAAAAGAGGGAAGAUGAGGUACAUAACAUUAAAAUGGAAAUGUUAAAUAUGGAAAAACAGUAUCUGUUAAAUAAAUAUAAAAUUUGAUUUUCUUAAUCUUGCCA